UACUCGGUGCACUUCCGGGUAGCUCAGCUAGCUAGCAUUCCAGACAAACCGACUAACUUGUGAAUAAUGACAGCACUAGCAUAGCUGACUGAGCUGCCUGAAAAUGAAAACCAUACUGUUAAUUGCCUUUCUGGCUCCUUGUUGGGUCAACAGUGCUAUUAGGUCGAGAGAUAUUACAGAAGAGAAUCGCGAAGAAAACCCCGAGUUUGAUGCUCUGAACUCCAUCCUGUCAGAUUUUGAGGUGCUGCCACUUUCAGGCCUCCAGCUGCACUCUGUAAGGAAGAGAGACGUCCACACCCAGUCCCACCUGGAGCGCCUGGUGAGCUUCAGAGCCCUGCACAGAAAUUUCAAGCUUUACUUGACCACCAACACAAAACUUUUCACGGACAACUUUAAAGCUGUGUUUGUUGACAAACAUGGGAUGGAGGAAAACUACGAUAUUCAUCUUCAGAACUAUUUCACCGGACAUGUUGUUGGAGAGGAGAAUUCCCGUGUGCAGGCACACAUAGAAGGAGAUGAGUUUUCUGCUCACAUUCUAACCGAUGAGGCGGAGUACAACGUAGAGCCCCUUUGGAGGUUUACAGAUUCCCCAGCUGAUGGCAGGUUGCUGGUUUAUCGCUCAGACGACAUCAGGAAUCUGAGCCGGAUCCUCUCUCCAAAGGUGUGUGGUUACAUCCACGCAGAGGACCUGCUGCCACAGACUGCCAGGAGGGAUUGGGCUGGGCAGGAGAAGGUGGACCAGGAAAAUGGGUUCCUCCACAGAGAGAAGAGACAGGCGCACGAUCACAAGAAGAAUACCUGCCCCCUGUUGCUGGUUGCAGAUUACCGCUUCUUUGAACACAUGGGCCGUGGACAAGAGAGCGUCACUCUCAACUACCUGAUUGAGCUGAUUGAUCGAGUUGAUGACAUUUACAGGAACACAACCUGGGAUGAUGAAUUCAAAGGCUAUGGGGUCCAGAUCCAUCAGAUCAUCAUCAACAAGGAGCCGACGAAGCCUCCCCCCAUCAAUGGCACCGGCUGGCUCAACUAUAACAUGCAGGACAGUCCUGUGAAAGGAAAGAAGGUCUGGGACGUGAAGAAACUUCUGGAGCAAUUCAGCUUGGACAUAGCUGACAACGCCUCCACUGUGUGUCUGGCCCACCUGUUCACCUACCAGGAUUUUGAUGAAGGCACACUGGGGCUGGCCUACGUGGCCCCCUCCAAACCUCAGGCCCUGGGGGGCCUCUGCCCAAAACCAUACUACCCAUCUCACUCUGUAAAGAAGCCCAGUUACCUCAACACAGGCCUGACCAGCACCAAGAACUAUGGCAAAACCAUCCUAACAAAGGAGGCAGAUUUAGUGACGACGCACGAGCUUGGCCAUAAUUUUGGAGCGGAGCACGAUCCUGACAACAUCCCUUACUGUGCCCCGAGCGACGACCACGGCGGGAAGUUUGUCAUGUACCCUAUUGCUGUGAGCGGAGACCAUGUCAACAACAAGCGCUUCUCCAACUGCAGCAAGAUCUCUGUAGGAAAGACAUUACGUUUCAAGGCUCCCGUGUGCUUCAAGGAGAGGAACAGUAAGGUAUGUGGGAACUCAAGAGUGGAGAAUGGGGAGGAGUGCGACCCCGGGCUACUCCAUCUCAACGAUGACCCCUGCUGCACAGCCGACUGCAAAUUCAAAAGUGUUGCACAGUGCAGUGACAGAAACAGCCCUUGCUGCAGGAAUUGCAUGUUUGAGCUUGCAGGAACAAGAUGCCAGGAACCUAUUAGUGCUACCUGUAAAGGCAUAUCCUCCUGCACAGGCAACAGCAGUCAAUGUCCACCUCCUGAAAACGCUGAUAACGACACUCUGUGUGUUGACAACGGUCGGUGUCUCAAUGGAGAGUGCAACCCUUUCUGUGAGGCCAUGCAAAGCCUUCAGUCCUGUGCCUGCAACGAGACACAGGACUCCUGCAAAGUGUGCUGCAGGAGGAUAGAUGGCACCUGCGCUCCAUUCAUCCAGAACGAUGACAGUUUCCUUUACCUUCGCAAAGGAAAACCCUGCACUGUGGGCUUCUGUGACGAGGCCGGAAAGUGCAUGAAGCAGGUGCAGGACGUGAUCGAGAGGUUGUGGGAUUUUAUCGACAAGCUGGACAUUAACACAUUUGGAAAGUUCCUGGCUGACAACAUAGUGGGCUCCGUCGUGGUGUUUUCACUUAUCUUCUGGAUUCCUCUCAGUAUCCUGGUUCACUGUGUGGACAAACGACUUGACCAGCAGUACGAGGACAACACAAAGUCCUUCUACUUCCCUCCAACUCAGAUGGUGGAAGUUUGUAGUAGGGCUCCCGCCAUAGAGUCAAGAAAUGCUGAACAAUGUCGAGUCGGCGUCCGUGCGCAUCGUCAAGCCUCAUCAACCUCCCUUCUUCUCCGCCGGCCGGAUCGGGCCCUCCUCCCUGCACCCGCAGCCUCAGCAGCAGAGCCAGGUCGGGGUCGGGGCCUCUCCCUUGGCCAGCACCAGUACCCAGGCCCCCGACCAGAACUACGGCCCCACCCCGGACAGCGCAGGUGGGCCGCGGAUGGCCACCAUCCAGGAGGAUACCAGCAGCGACUCUCACCUGGGAGAGGAGGGCCUGUCGGACGAUUUCACAACCGCAGGAGCCUCCUUGUCGGCUACGAAAUCCUCCUACGAGGAUCUGACAGAGCAGAACCCGCAAACCAAGGACCGGCGGCGUCUCAAGAGGCAGGAUUGCAUUGACACAAAAGAGACAGAGUGCUGAGAGUAAAGUACUUUUUUUCUUUCUUUUUUUUUUUAAAGCACCAACACGUAACACAUGCAACAUCAUAUGUGUUUUAGGGAACAUGCAAAUACAUGCAGCAUCAUAAAGGACUGGGGCCAGUGUAGAAAUGUUCAAAGCUGUUUGAUAUUAAGCCAAACACCGAACCGGACCAGUGUACAAAAUGUUACUACUAGGUGUCGCACUAGACUCAGCGACAUAAUGAGACUGAGAGAGCCAAUGAAUGAGAGUGUAUUGACAACAGUUGUGUUUGCACGUUGCCUGUUUUUCGGCUCACCUCUUCCAUCGGCUCCAAAUCCAAAAUGUUGCCAUAUUGGCGCAGCUUUAGUUUUCUUUGAGACUGUUGAUGUUAAAACAUGAAUCUUCCCCCCCCUCCCACCUCUACUGAAAUGUGAUCUCCUUCAUGUUGUGCACGGCCUGUCAGACACGAGCUGCUCAGUUAGUCCGUUUAUAAACAAACAUAAUGUUUUGUUGGUCAAGUUGUCAUAUUGCUUAAUACUUAUGCAAUAUAAAUUGGAUUAACGUGAGCACAGGUUGCUACUUUUAAUUUGCCAGAAAGUUGCCGGUUUGCAUCAAAUCAAACCGGUUUAAGCUCGUAUACCGGACCGGCAAAAUAGACUCAACUCUAGCAUUUUUCUCUUCACCAAUCGCAGACAGAAACAUGUUUUGAAGGUCAGAAUUAGUGGUAAUCAAAACUAUGAACAUUUCAGGCAACACUUGAUGUGGAUAUUAAUAUUUUGUCACAUUCAACUUGGAUUGAAGCACCACACAAAGAAUACGAGAGGAGUCACAAAUCCGUGUGGCAAUAAAAUAGUUUGUGAGUGAGUUCAUGUUUCUGUUCGCCUGUGGUGAAAUAAUGCAUGCGCCUUUUCUCAGUUAGGGAACAUUAGGGUCGCUGGUCAGAUGAAACCUGGGAGAUCGGAGUGUGACUAUGGAAAUAAAUCUACCGCAGGUCGGACACAUCAGUUAGCAUUUUCAAAUUCAUAAGGACAAAGAAAUGUUUAACAGCCCCCCCCUAAAUGUUUGUACACAAAGUAGUCUUCAAAACAAUGCCACCUCACCGGUUUGUUCCACUAACAGAUUAGCAGGUGACAUAAUAUUAUUGAUGGUUAUUUUACAGUAAAAAGAAACAUUUCAGUGUGAUAAAUUAAUCCUGAUUUAUCUAUCUUGACUAUAAAAUAAAUAAAUAAGUGUUUUGAAUCUCUGUCAUAACGACUCAUGAAGUAUUUUACAUCACUGGAGAAUUUAAAUAAGUUUUCUAAAUGUUCUUACUGUGCUGUGUGUCAUUAAUUGUUUCUUUUAUAAAAGAUAGCUGGCUUGUAUAAUAUUUUCCCUUUUGAAUUUAGGAUGCAACGUUAUUUGUCCAGCUGUUGAAACUAAAUGGUGCCUUUUCUGAUCGUGUGCCUAACUGUUCCGAGCCAACUUAUCUCUGUGCAAAAACUUCCAGUAGAUGAACAUGAAUCUGGACAAUCAAGAUUUACAUUUUAAUUUAAGAAAUAUCAAAUCUUAUUGUUCCGCUUGGCUUCCUGUCAUUGUGCCAACAUGAGUUAUGCAUUUAUCUGUUAUUUAAUGCUGUCUCACCACUGUUGCCUGCUGUGUCACGUUUUAAAAUAUGUAUUUAACUGUAGGCUGAAAAACAUCGACUUCACUGGAUUGAUGUGAGCUGUUACACAACGAGCAGAUGUCCUGUGUCAUAUUCUAAGGAUGUGUAUAUUCUUAAUGUUUCUAUGCUUCUAAAAGUCUACCCGUGACUUUCUUCUCGUUUAAGUGUCUUGCUUGCAUUAUCUACACACACCUCCCCAAAAUAAAAAAAAUCUUUAUUGUUCAUUUUAA